AGUCCACCGCAGAGCAGCGCCCGCUGACCGGCCACGUGUACAGGAACUACGCGAGCUGUAAACGGAGUUCAGUCAGGUUCGACGUAGAGCUGUAAUAGUCCGCAAAGCCUGUCAGAACAAGCCCGUUUAAAUCUUCAUUUACCCGUUUCUGUUCAUUCGUUGAGGGUCUGUUUCCGAGCAGUGUCCUCCACUGUCCGUAAGGUGUGAUCUGGAAGUCAUGUCCACCAGAAGGAGAGCCCGAAGCGGGCACCUGGCUGCUGCCUCCUUCGCCCUGUUUGUCUUUCUUUUAGUGGACGUUAACGCGCGGCCCGCGAACGUCUCCGUCCACAAGGACAAAAACCCGGACAGCAAAGAGACGAACGAGAUCCUCCCUCCCGACCACCUGAACGGAGUCAAAAUGGAGAUGGACGGCCACCUGAACAAGGACUUCCACCAAGAAGUGUUCCUGGGGAAAGAAAUGGAGGAGUUUGAGGAGGACUCGGAGCCCAGGAGGAACAGAAAGAAGCUGAUUGAAAUCUUUACCAAGGUUGAUUUCAAUAAAGACAGAAGUGUCAGUGCUAAGGAGAUGCAGCGAUGGAUCAUGGAGAAAACGGAGGAGCACUUCCAAGAGGCAGUCAGAGAGAAUAAACUCAGCUUUCGUGCUGUAGACCCAGAUGGAGAUGGAUAUGUGACGUGGGAUGAAUACCGGGUGAAAUUUUUGGCCAGCAAAGGCUUCAAUGAGAAGGAAGUGGCUGAGAAGAUAAAGAAUAAUGAAGAGCUCAAAGUGGAUGAGGAAACCCAGGAGGUUUUGGAGAGUCUGAAGGAUCGCUGGUUUCAGGCAGAUAACCCUCCAGCUGACCAGCUGCUGAAUGAGGAGGAAUUCCUCUCUUUCCUCCAUCCAGAGCACAGCAGAGGCAUGCUCAAAUACAUGGUCAAGGAGAUCAUCAGAGACCUAGAUCAAGAUGGAGAUAAGGAGCUGACCCUGUCUGAGUUCAUAUCCUUGCCCAAGGGGACAGUGGAGAACCAGCAGGCUCAGGACAUUGAUGAUGACUGGGUCCGCGAGCGGAAGAAGGAGUUUGAGGAGGUUAUUGAUGCAAACCAUAAUGGCAUAGUCACUAUGGAAGAGCUUGAGGAGUAUAUGGAUCCCAUGAACGAAUACAACGCCCUGAACGAAGCGAAGCAGAUGAUUGCUGUGGCUGACGAGAACCAGAACCACAGCUUGGAACUGGAGGAGAUUCUCAAAUACAGCGAGUACUUCACUGGCAGCAAGCUCAUGGACUACGCCCGCAACGUGCAUGAGGAGUUCUAG